AUGGAUGUCUUUAAGAAAGGUUUCUCCAUUGCUAAAGAAGGUGUGGUGGCUGCUGCAGAAAAGACCAAGCAGGGAGUGACAGAGGCUGCAGAGAAGACUAAAGAAGGGGUGAUGUACGUAGGUACCAAAACCAAGGAAGGUGUAGUGCAAAGUGUGACCACAGUUGCUGAGAAGACCAAAGAGCAGGCCAAUAUGGUGGGAGAAGCUGUAGUAGCCAGUGUGAACACAGUGGCAAACAAGACUGUAGAAGGAGCAGAAACAUUUGCAGCCACUACAGGAGUUGUAAAAAAGGAGAACCUGGCAGCGCCGCAGCCGCCUGAGCAGCCGGGGCCGGUGGGAGAGGGGGCCCCAGCCACCAGCACGGACAGCGGCGGAGAGGUUCAAGAAUUUGCCGCGAGCGACAGAUCAGACAGACUAAACUGCUGCUUGAUUCGGGCGUGUAAACGCACGUGUGCUAGUUAA